AUGGAUUCGAUCGAGCUUGAAUUACGGAAUCAACCCACUAGUGAAAUUCGUAGUUUACAUAAUAGACAAUAUUUUCAACAGCCAUCGAUUAUCAAAACAGAUAGAAAUGAGAAAAGAUCAGUACAUAAGAGAGUUCAAUUUAAUAUUCGUACGCCCACUGGGAAACCAAUAAGAGACUAUAACAUUUCAAUAAUUGAUGGAUCGCAAAAUUCAUCUUUCGAAGAUCAUGAUUAUGCUGCAUCGUCAACACAGUAUUUGACGACUGAAUUAAUAGAAACCAAUAAUAAACAAACCUGUAAUAGACCAUCAAAAGUUAUUGCAUUUGCCGUUGUUAUACUCAUCAUAGUAACUAUUGCUAUUGCUAUUGGUGUAACAGUUGGUGUUAAAAAAGCUCAACAAAAUAUGUCGAACACAGCAACAACAAUAAGCUUUCAAACAUCAUUAUCAACAAUAGCCGCACAGAGUAGUAUCAGUAUAGGGAAUCCAGGUGGACCACCUUGUUCAUCGUAUACAACAAUCAACGAUCCGUCUCGCAAUAUCUAUCAAUCGUCACUAUUUGGUAAUUGCGACGUAGGACCAUUGUUCAAUAUCAGUAAUGGUGGUUCGUGGAUACGAUUUGUUGGUACUGGCGGUACUAUAAUUCCCAUGACACCACCUCAUGCAACCCGUUGUGGUGGUUAUUUAGCAGGCUGGUUCAAUGGUACAUUACCAACGACAAUGGGCACUGUAGUUAAUGCAACGGUAUGCUUUGAUGUUAAUAUAUCUGUUUGCACUUUCACGGUUGAAGUGUCAGUGAUUAGCUGUGGUGGUUUCUAUGUUUAUUUUUUACCGCCUGCACCUAUUUGUAAUGGACGUUAUUGUACAACAUGA